UCUAGAGGUGGGCGGACUGGAACAUACAACAGAGGCGGAACUGAGGUGGUGUGUGCAGUCCCAGAUCCCCAGCCCUGGAGACCGAGCCCGCGGCCCCAGAGAACCCAGCCGCAUCAGGGAGGCGGCACGCACAACGCCAGCCUCCGGGCCUCAGCCGUGCCUGCAGCCACGGGGGACUGGGCAGCAGGGCCUGCAACACCGUCCCUCCAGUUGUAGAGCUGCCCACAAGUCUGGCCCCCUCUCCCCGACCCACAGUGGCGGCAUCCCUAAACCUGACAACCCCAGACACGGCAGAGGUGCCGAGACCCCAGCUCCACCCCGUGCAGUGGAAGCAGAGCCUGUGACUCAAGAUUCUGGACACAGCAGAAGUGCCCACCACCCCGCUGACCCGGGCAGCAACAACAGUGACAGCAGCAACCAUGGAGGCACAAGCGGUGACAGUGCGGGGCACCAGGCAACACCUCUGACAAGGGCAGUGGAGGCUGGAAAGUGCCAAUCCUUUAAUAUAACCAGAGGCAGCUCAGGUAAGAGAAACCAAAAACUUGUGCUGUAGCGCCACCUAAGGGAAAAGAAAAGAAAACAAAAGCCUCUAACCUGUUGAAUAGUUGGAAUGAAGUUUAAAAAAAAAAAAAAAGCUUUACCUAAAGAAGAAAGGUGUUUGCUGCUUCAUGUGUACCAGCAGAGGAACAACUCAUCAGGCACCAUAAAGAACCACAGUAACACAAAAAUAAAAUGGUGAUUCUCCAGAAACCAGAUUUAAAGUCACAGAACAGUGCAAUCUGAUAGAGAAUUCGAAACAACUGUCAAGAGGAAGCUCAACGGGCUAUAAGAAAACUCAGAAAGGCGGUUCAGUGAAUGUCAGGGUUGAAAUUAAUGAACAGAAGAAAUACUUUACGAAAGUGACUGGAACUCUGAAAAAGAACCAAACAGAAAUUCUAGAUCUGAAGAACCUAGUAAGCAAGAUGAAGAGUGCAUCAGAAAGGACUGGAAAUAGAGCAGACCGUAUGGAAGAGAGAAUUAGCCAGUUCAAAGAUAGAAAUCUAGAAAUGAUACAGUUAGAAGAGGAGAGAAAAUUAAGAUCCAAAAAAAAAAGAGAAAAUUCUACGAGAAUUAUCGAAGUCUUUUAGGAAGGGCAACAUUAGGCUAAUGGGUGUCCCAGAAGCAGGAGAGAGAGAUAGAGAUAGAUUCAACACCCAUUUAUAAAACUUUCAGUAAAAUGAGUAUAGAAGGAAUGUACCUCAGCAUUAAUAAAGGCCAUAUAUGACAAACCUACAGCUAUCCCUGUAGGGUCAAGAAUAAGACAAGAAUUCUCACUCUCACCACUCUUUUUUUUUUUUUUCCUGCCCCUUCUUUUCCCUUCCUCCCUCCAGCCCACCAGGCUCCACUCACUUUCCAGUCUUAUUCAACAUAGUAUUGGAAGUCCUAGCCACAGCAGUUAGGGAAGAAAAAGAAAUAAAAGGCAUGCAAAUUGGAAAAGAAAAAGUAAAGCUUUCACUGUUUGUGAAUGACAUGAUUUUAUAUAUAGAAAACCCUAAAGAUGCCACCAAAAACUAUUAGAAAUAAUAAAUGAAUACAGUAAAGUUGCAGGGCACAAAAUCAACACACAAGAAUCUGUUGUGGACUUCCCUGGUGGCGCAGUGGUUAAGAAUCUGCCUGCCAAUGCAGGGGACACGGGUUCAAGCCCUGGUCUGGGAAGAUCCCACAUGCCGCAGAGCAACUAAGCCCGUGAGCCACAACUACUGAGCCUGUACUCUAGAGCCCACGAGCCACAACUACUGAGCCCGUGAGCCACAACUACUGAGCCCGUGUGCCACAACUACUGAAGCCCACGUGCCUAGAGCCCAUGCCCUGCAACAAGAGAAGCCACCACAGUGAGAAGCCCAUGCACUGCAACGAAGAGUAGCCCCCGCUCACCGCAACUAGAGAAAGCCCACGUGCAGCAACGAAGACCCAAUGCAGCCAAAAAUAAAUAGAUAAAUAAGUUUAUUUUUAAAAAAAGUCAGUUGUGUUUCUGUGUGCUGACAAUGAGUGAGCAGAAAGAGAGUUAAGAAAACAAUUCCCAUUUACAGCCACCACAGCAACAACAAAUGCCCAGGAAUAAAUUUAACCAAGUACGCUGAAAACUAUAAGACAUUGUUGAAAGAAAUUGAAGAAGACACAAACAAAUGGAAAGAUAUUCCGUGCUCAUGGAUUGGGAAAAUUAACAUUGUUAAAAUGUCCAUAUUACCUAAAGCAAUCAACAGAUUCAAUGCAAUCUCUACCAAAAUCCCAAGGAUAGUUUUCACAGAAAUAGAACCAAAAAAUCUAAAAUUUAUAUGGAACCACAAAAGACCCUGAAUAGUCCAAGAAAUCUUUUUCCUUGGGAAAAAAGAACAAAGCUGGAGGUAUCACACUCCCUGAUUUAAAACUGUAUUACAAAGCUGUAGUAAUCAAAACAUCAUGGUGUUGACAGAAAAACAAAUACAUAGAUCAGUGGAACAGAAUUGAGAGCCCAGAAAUAAAUCCAUACAAAUGGACAAUUAAUUUAAGACAAAAGGAGCAGAGAACAUACAAUGAAGAAAGGAUAGUCUCUUCAAUAGAUGGUUUUGGGUAAACUGAACAGCCACAUGCAAAAAAUGAAAGUAGACCGCUAUCUCACACCAUACAUAAAAAUCAACUCAAAAUGAAUUAAAGACUUGAAUGUAAGACCCAAACCAUAAACUCUCAGAAGAAAACAUAGGCAGGAUUAGCUUUGACACCAGUCUUAGCAAUAUCUUUCUGUAUAUGUCUCCUCAGGCACGGAAAACAAAAAGCAAAACUAAUCAAAUGGGACUACGGCAAACUAAAAAGCUUCUUCACAGCAAAGAGAGCCAUCAGCAAAGCAAAAUAACAAGCUUCCGAAUGGGAGACGAUGAAACUCAUAUAUCCGAUAUUACGCAUUUUAAUAGUAUCCAAAAUAUGUAAAGGACUCAUAGAAUUCAACAACAAAAACCCAAACAAUCCAAGUUAAAAAUGGGCAGAGGAGCUGAAUAGACAUUUUUACAAAGAAGACAUACAGAUGGCCAAUAGGCACAUGAAAAGAUGCUCAACAUCACUAAUUAUUAGGGAAAUGCCAGAGUUAGCUAUCGCUUCACUCCUGUUAGAAUGGCAAUUAUCAAAAAGGUCUCCAGAAAGUACAGUGACAUCGAGGAGUUUUACCAGAAACUCAGCAGUCGUUACCCAGCGGCCAGCCUUCCGCCGCUCCCCAGGAAGGUGCUCUUCGUUGGGGAGUGUGACAUCCAGGAGAGGAGAGCCAUGUUCGAUGAGAUCCUGCGCUGCGUCUCGAAGGAUGCUGAGUUGGCAGGCAGCCCUGAGCUGCUAGAAUUCUUAGGUACCAGAUCCCCCGGGGCUGCGGAUCUCAGCAGCAGAGAUUUCUCUGUCCUGGACACAGACAGCCAAGGGGGGGACGACGGGGAUGCUUUCGACUUCUUCCAGCAGCAGGACCAAGUGGAGGGUGAGGGUCUCCCCACGCUGGACCAGAAGGGCCAGGAUGCAGGGAAGUCCUCAGAGGACGAGGCAGAGGAGGCCCUGGACCCUCUGGGCAUCAUGCGCUCCAAGAAGCCCAAGAAACGCCCGGAGGAAGUGGCCGUGAAGCCCAAACCCUCGCCCUGUCUCUCCAUCUUUGAUGAGGAGGUGGACCCCGACGAGGGGCUCUUUGGCCCGGGCAGGAAGCCCUCUCCCCGGAGCCCCGCAGAGGACGCGCCCCCCAGGGACUCCCUGAAGCUCUUUGACGAUCCUGACCUCGGCGGAGCCGUCCCCCUGGGUGACCCCUUACUGCUGCCAGCUGCCCACGGGGGUGGAGGACCCACGUCCCGCCCAGGCUGCAGGGAGGCCUCCGAGGAGCUGUUCAGAGUCGAAGAGGACUUGGACCAGAUUCUGAACCUGGGGGCUGAGUCCAAACCCCAGCUUCAACCCCAGCCCAAGCCCAAACCUCCAGUGGCAGCUAAGCCAGCGCUACUCAGAAAGCCAGCUGUUCCCCCCAGGGCGGGUUCAUCUGAGGCUGUGGCCAGGCAGCAGAAACAGCAGCAGCAGAUCCAAGCCAUGGACGAGACGGACAUCUUACAGUACAUCCGGGACCACGACGCGCCUGGCCAGGCUGCCCCCAGCCUCUUCUGACCGCCCCCAAGCCCUGUGCUCUUCCUGAGCCAGCAGACUCUCCUGUGGAGGGGCACGUAGUGAGGUGCAGACUUGGACCUGUAGGGCCAGAACCUCUAUUCCCAAGGGAGGGAGGGUGGAAGCCGGGUCAUAGGACCCCUGUACUGCCUUUUUCCUUUUCCUCAGCCCUGUGGGUUCAUGGAAUCCUGCAAGAUGCAGAGAGCAAGGUCACUAUAGGAAGUGGAGCCUAAGUUGUCUCAGCCAUGGGGAUGUGGAGGGGAGAGCCUGUGGGGAUGCCUUGCUAACCAGGAGCCCAGUCCCCAGGGUGUCAUGAGACUGGGAGCGCGGGGGGCCAGGGAGGCUCCACUCGGGGCGGGAAACUUUGUGCCCACUUGUGCCCACCGUCUCUGCCAGCCCCAGCACGUGCCCACCGGCUCUGCCAGCCCCAGCACGGGAGGGAGGGCUU